CUGCAAUACAAGAUAGAAUUGGAUGUUGCUGGCAUGGUCGAUGGUGCACCGAGCGACGUCAGUAUGGCGGAACGACUGGAACGAGUGCGUAAGCAUACCAACUCUUGGAGCCGGCUCGCCUUUGCAACCGUGGAGGAGCUCCCGUGCCGCGACGCACAUAUGGUGCAGCUCUCGGGGAAGGUUCUCGCUCGGUGUGUCGGGGACUCCACCCUGGCGUUCAGUGUGCUACCAGGCCAUGCACGGGGUGUACGAUCGAAGGAGUGGCGCAUCGAGAACGUCGGCUUUCCCAUUAAAGCCUAUGCGAUAGAUCCUGCGCAAGACCUGAUUGCCAUACUGUCGGAUUCACAACCACCCGCUAUAUACCUCUGGAGUAUAUCCACCGGCGAGCCACAUCCCCUCGCCACUGACACCCAAAUGUCUUUCCCGCACGGUCGAGAGUAUGACAUGGACGACCGCUUCGACCUCUGCCUAACGGGGGACUUUCUAGGAGUACGAUGCCCGCCGAUGGAUGGGGAAUUCACUAAGGAACUGAUUGUCUGGUCGUGGAAAAAUGGAACAGUG